CUUUUGUUGUUUUACAACUUACAAAUAUUCCACCACUUCCUCCAUUACUGGACCCACUUUUAUAUGCCCUUCAUUAUUCUCCAAUUUUCUUUUGCUUUCAUCUUUGCAAUCACAUGUACUUAGAAUCUACUUUACUUGUUUAGAUUUUCUGAAUUAAACUUUUAACCAAAUUUGGCAAUUUUUUAAGGUAAAUGUAGCAAUUUUUUCUUUUUUAUUUGGUACUGGUACUCUAUUUAUUUGGGUUUUUUUUUGUUUUUUUUUUUUUUUUUUUAAUUAUUUAUGUAUUCUUGGUGAUGGUAUUCCUCUCUUUUCUUAAGUCUAAUAAAUAUGAAAAAUUGCAGGUGAAGAACUUGAUUUUUUUUUUUUUUGUUUUUUUAAUUUUCAUUUGUGAUUAGAUUAGUGUUUAGCUAUAUUCACCAAGAUUAUGAGGGUAUUGUGGGUGUUUUUGCUACUAUUGGUGUUGAAAUUGGAGCAUGGGUUAUUUUUUGCAAGUGGGGUUGGUACUAAUUUUUCAAAAAGAUCUAAAAAUGUGAAUAUUGGAGCAAUUUUGUCCUAUAAUUCUACAAUUGGUAAAGUUGCAAAAGUUGCAAUUCAAGCUGCAGUGGAUGAUGUUAAUUCUUCCCCAGAAAUUUUGAAUGGAACCAAGCUCAAUAUUUCAAUGCAGGAUUGUCAGAGUGGCUUCCUAGGGAUUGUUCAGACAAUGACAUUCAUGGAGAGUGAUGUAGUGGCAGUAAUAGGUCCACAGUCAUCUGUAAUAGCUCAUGUAGUUUCUCAGGUUGCAACAGGACUGCAAGUCCCUUUGCUAACCUUUGCAGGCACAGACCCGACCCUGUCGUCUAUCGAGUAUCCAUUCAUUGUUCCGACUACCCUGAAUGAUCUAUUCCAAAUGGCUGCUAUAGCAGACAUUGUGAGCUACUAUGGAUGGCGGGAAGUGACUGCAAUUUACACUGAUGACAACUACGGAAGAAAUGGGGUUGUGUCGCUAGGUGAUGAAUUGGCUAAGAGGCAGUGUAGGAUAAGCUAUAAAGCACCUAUUAGCCCUGAGCCAACCAUAGAUGACAUUAGGAGUGUGUUGUUUAAGGUGAUCUCAGAAGAGUCUAGGAUUCUUGUUCUUCAUACUUAUGACAAAUUCGGUCUACAAAUACUAGAGGUGGCUAGCUCUCUUGAGAUGUUGGAUAAUAAUUUUGUUUGGAUUGCUACACGGUGGCUCACUGAUGUCAUAGAUACAGAUUCUCCCCUAUCUGCCAAUGCACAGAAUGAUGUUCAAGGGAUCAUUACCCUGAGACCUCACACACCCAUUUCACAACCUAAGAAAAACUUUAUGGCUCGGUGGAGCAAUUUGGUCAGAAAAGCAGAUAGAAAUGCCUCCUUUGGAUUGAAUACUUUUGGUCUUUACGCGUAUGAUACUGUUUGGAUUCUUGCCAAUGCUCUAGAUGCAUAUUUUGAUCAAGGGGGAAACAUAUCAUUCUCAGAUUAUUCAACCGUUAAUCAUCAGAAGGGCAACAUCAAUUUGCACCUUGAUUCCAUCCGUAGUUUUAAUGGUGGAAACCUCCUACUCUCCAGCAUAUAUCGAGUCAAUAUGACAGGGUUGACAGGCCAUAUUCAGUUUGACAAAGACAGAUAUUUGAUCAAUCCUUCUUUUGAUAUCAUCAAUGUGGUUGGAACAGGUCUUUACACAGUAGGAUAUUGGUCAAACAAUACAGGUUUAUCAGUUAAGCCACCAGAAGAUCAACACUCUAAACCACCUAACCUAAGUCAUCGGCUAUUAAGUGUGAUUUGGCCUGGGAAAACCACCGAGACGCCUCGUGGAUGGGUUUACCCGAACAAUGGGAAGGUUCUCAGGAUUGGAGUUCCUCGUCGUGUUACUUACCAAGAAUUCGUAUCAUGUUUAGAUUCGACGGAACGCACAAAUUCAUGCACAGGAUACAGCAUUGAUGUGUUCACUUCUGCUUUAAAUUUGCUUCCGUAUGGUCUUUCCUAUACUUACAUACCUUUUGGAGAUGGGAAGAAUAACCCAAAAAUCGACGAUCUUAUUGAGAAUUUGGCUAGAGGAGUGUUUGAUGCUGUAGUUGGUGAUAUUGUAAUUACCACCAAAAGAGCAAGAAUAGUAGAUUUUACACAGCCUUUUGUUGAGUCAGGUCUUGUUGUUGUGGCUCCUGUUAAGACCAAGGACUCCGAUGCCUGGGCUUUCUUGUGGCCACUAACUCCAAGGUUGUGGUGUGUCACUGGUUUAUCUAUCAUCAUGUUGGGAGUUGUCAUAUGGAUUCUGGAGCAUAGGUUCAACGAUGAGUUCCGUGGCUCACCUCAAAAUCAAAUAAAAACAGUGUUAUGGUUCAGCUGUUCAACAUGGUUCGGUUCCCAGAGGGAAACUGCUCUAAGUGUGUUGGGUCGUAUCGUGCUAUUCAUAUGGAUGUUUGUAGUUCUAAUUGUCAAGUCAAGUUAUACUGCAAGUCUGAGCUCUAUACAAACAGUGCAAAAACUUGAUUCCCCUGUCAAAGGGAUUGAGAGCCUAAUGAGGAGCAAAGAUCCCAUUGGAUAUCAAAAUGGUUCAUUUUCUGAAAGUUAUUUGCAUGAUGAGCUUCACUUUCCUAAGUCUCGGCUUAUUGCUCUUGGAAAUGACGACGAGUAUGUGGAAGCUCUCAGAAAGGGUCCUAAGAAUGGUGGGGUUGCUGCAAUAGUUGAUGAUAUGACGCGCAUAGAAACCUUCCUUGCAAAGAGAUGUGAUUUCACUAUCAGAGGUCAAAAGUUCACCAAAAAUGGAAGGGGAUUUGCAUUUCCGCGAGGCUCUCCCUUGGCAGUAGACAUGUCCACGGCCAUAUUGAAACUGUCAGAGAAUGGUGACUUACAGAGGAUCCAUGAUAAGUGGCUGAAGAAAAGUGCUUGCAGGUCACAGGAUACUAAACUUACAGUAAACAGGCUAGACCUGAAAAGCUUCUGGGGUCUCUUCCUCCUCUCUGGCUUAGCUUGCUUUUUCGCUCUCAUUUUAUAUUUUGGGCUUCUAGUGAGGCAGUACAUGCGCCGUCAGCCACCCAAAGUGGACGAAUCAGUUAACCAAGUGGACCACAUCCAACAGUCCACCUGUCUCACGACGUUCUUCACAUUUGUCAAAGAGAAGGAUGAAGAAACCCAAACCUGUUAAGAAUAGCUAGGUAGACAAAGGCAGCAGCAACAACAGGACCCUGGUACAUAUAAUCAUUAAUGUAUAUACCUGAUAUUCUAGCUCCUCAUUUUUUGAUUCUACUGUGAUCAUGUAAAGUAUGAAUUAUCUAAGAGAAGGUUUGGCAAAAGUCAAAUAACAAAGUAGUAGCAGCAGUUAUGUAUUAUAAGAUGCAAAUUUUUCAUGUGAAA